GUGUUAGUGUUCGCCAUGUGUGUCAAGCGCUACGAGGAGACAGUGGAGGUGGUCACCAAGGAGGACAGUGAUGGGAACGUGACCAAGACCACCAAGACCACUACUAAGGCCCUGGACCCUUACUCAACCACUGAGAUGGCCGCCGCUAUUAACGACCCCAAGACAUCGCGGAAAGGUCAUCGUAAGUCGUCCUCUUCGUCCUCGUCACCGUCACCAGACCGAGCCAAGUCCUCUGGAGCCAGCGCCAAGGAGACAGGCAAGUCUAGCAAGAGCAGCUUCAGGAUCAAGCUGAGGAGUGGCAAGACUGACGACGGUGACUCCAGCGACGACGACGAUGACUUCGCUAAGGGAGUCCAUAAGAAAGUCAAUCAUUACAGGAGCAAACACGGAGUCUCCAACCUCAAGCUUAAUAAGGAGAUGAACAAGUACGCUAAAGAAUGGGCCAAGAAGAUGGCAGCCGACGACGCUUUGUCUCACCGCCCAGACAGCAAGUACGGCGAGAACGUCUUCUGUCUCAGCUCUAACACUAAGGAUUUUAAGGUGAAGGCCGAUCAGGUGGUGGACAAGUGGUACGAUGAGAGCAAGGAACACAAGUUUGGUGUGGAGCCUCAAGGAACAGUCCUGAAGUCUGGUCACUUCACGCAGAUGGUAUGGAAGGAUACCAAACAGAUGGGUGUGGGUAAAGCCAGGAGCGCGGCAGGCACCAAGGUCUUCGUCGUGGCUAACUUCGAUCCGCAGGGUAACUGGAUGGGCCAGUUCGCUGACCAAGUUCCUCCUGUAGGAGGGUUCCCCAAGCCGGCGUCUUCAGGAAAGACAUCACUGUUCAGCAGCAAGACUCACAAGUCGUCCAGCGACUCCGACUCUUCUGAUGAUGAUGACUUUGCUGAGGAAUGCCUCAAAUCCCACAACAACUACCGUGCCAAGCAUGGUGCCCCUCCACUCAAACUCAGCAAGAAGCUGAGCAAGUACGCUCAUGAGUGGGCCCAGACAAUUGCCAAGAAAGACGUCCUGCAGCACCGUCAAAACAACAGUUACGGCGAGAACUUGUACUGCGCCUGGUCGUCCAACCCAAAACACAUGAUCAAGGGAAGUGAGGCGGUCGAGUCGUGGUACCAAGAGAUCAAAGACUUCACGUUCGGCAGGGAACCCAGUGACCUCAGGGCCGGUCACUUCACACAAGUAGUGUGGCUGGAUAGUGAGGAGCUGGGUGUGGCAACUGCUCGUUCUAAAUCUGGUAAGAUCUACGUUGUGGCCAACUACAGCCCAGCUGGCAACUUCGUAGGCAGCUUCGCCACCAAGGUGCCCAGACCCAAGUAAGAAUGUCAAGCAUACUGGCGACUCCCUGGUGCAGGGAUAAUACACCACAUGAAGAUAGUACUGGUGUGAAGCCCAUCACCUGCCACAGCCAUACAUCACCUACCACAGCCAUACCAACACUUACCACAGCCAUACUAACACUUAUCACAGCCAAACAUCACCUACCAUAGCCUUACCAACAAUUACCACUGCCAUUCAUCACCUACCACAACCAUACCAACAUUUACCACAGCCAUACCAACACUUGCCACAGCCAUACCAACACUUACCACAGCCACAGUCAUACCGACACCUACCACAGUCAUACCAUCACCUACCACAGUCAUACCGACACCUACCAUAGUCAUACCAUCACCUACCACAGCCAUACCAACACAUCACAGCCAUACCAACACCUACCACAGUCAUACCAUCACCUACCACAGUCAUACCGACACCUACCACAGUCAUACCAUCACCUACCACAGUCAUACCGACACCUACCACAGUCAUACCAUCACCUACCACAGUCAUACCAUCACCUACCAGAGUCAUACCAUCACCUACCACAGCCAUACUAUAAUCUACCAUAGCCAUAUCAACAUUUAAAUUAACGCAACUUUACCAAACAUCGAACACAGCCAUACCACCGUCUACCACAGUCAUGCCAAAACCUCUUCUUGCUACAUAAGGUGGUGGAGCCUCAGACACAUCCUGUGGUGCUAUUAAUGUUAUAAUUAUAACUGAAGACCAUCACUUCACGGAAGGUGCAGCGACUCGGCGCUCUUGCUGAGGUCAUUGUUCAUCGAUGGCGACACAGCGUCGAUCAUUCGUCACCCUGGUUUCUGCAUACAUUCAGAAUACACUUUAAUAUAUGGUAGUGAAGACACAAUAUACAGAAUGAGCUUUAUGAGGGCGACGUUGCACUCAGAGCAGAGCUUGAUCAUGACUCGAUAAAGCUCUACUCUGAGAAUUGUCCCAAUAAACGCUUGUUCGUUAUAUCGUGUAUCCAUUCCCAUACCCGUGGGCAUUACGCCUCUACAUAUAUUUUAAUGUACGUUGACGAAACAUUUGUUGUAAUGUCAGUAGAUGCUCAAUGUUUGUUUAUAUUGUUUAUGCUUCAUAUGUAUUGUAUACUUGUUCUUAUACUCCUCUACAUUUAUACAAAUUAUAAAUAUUUGUAACCCGAACGACAACAGAUUUCAUUCAUUCAUUUAUUAAAUAUAUGAAAUUACGUAUUAUUAAGUAUGCUUAGUUCGUCACCUUUGUAAAUAUGUGCUGAGGAGAAUAAUGUGUAAGCUUCGGCCUUUUGGUGCUAGUGUACAUGUACGCUUCUCCAUCAGUCACUACGUACACAUUACGUCUCUCUUAAUGGAUAAGUAAGACACGUGUGUAACAAUUUGGUAUCUUUAUUGCCGAGACAUUUCGCCUGCUCAGCAGGCUUCUUCAGGUGAAAUGCGCAAGUGACUUUAAUGCUGGAUACUGAACUGUUACAUGUGUGUUUUAUUCAUCUAUGUACAUAUAACUCCUUUUAGUUACUUAGUACUCACUACUCCUCCCUAGGUGCUCAUUACUCCUCCCUUAGUUACUUAGUACUCAUUACUCCUCCUUAAGUGCUCAUUACUCCUCCCUUCGUUACUUAGUACUCAUUACUCCUCCCUUAGUUUCUAUGUACACAUUAUUAUGUUGAUACUAAGACCUCCUCGCUUCUGCAGGAGAUAGUCUCUCAACCCAAAGAGAUUCUGAGACCAUCUAUAGAUGACUCAGAAGGCUUAGUCUCCCUUCGUCGUAUUGAUCGAUGCACACUUUUCUUGUAUAUAUAAAUACUGAUGAUUCCUUUUUAAUCAUUCCCUAGAUUGCAUCAUAUUUGUGUAGUGUGAAAUGACUAAGCUCACGAAGACAUGACAAACAUUGGAAUGACGGAAGGUAUGUGGGGGAUGUCAGCUACUUGUGUAGCUACUCAGUCAGCAGGAAGUAACUCAUCACAGCUGUCACUCAGUCAGCAGGGAGUAAUUCACAGCUGUCACUCAGUCAGCAGGGGGUAACUCAUCACCUAUCACUCAGCAGGGAGUAAUUCAUCACCUGUCACUCAGUCAGCCGGUAGUAAUUCAUCACAGUUGUCACUCAGUCGGCAGGGAGUAAUUCAUCACAGCUGUCACUCAGUCAGCAGAGAGUAACUCAUCACAGCUGUCGCUCAGCAGGGAGUAACUCAUCACACCUGUCAGUCAGCAGGAAGUGACUCAUCACAGCCGUCACUCAGUCAGCAGGAAGUAAUUCAUGUCACUCAGCAGGGAGUGACUCAUCAUACCUGUCAGUCAGCAGGGAGUAAAUCAUCACCUGUCAUCCAACCAGCAGGUGGUAACUCAUUUAUUCCUAACUUGGUAAUCAAAGCUUGGUGUGACGAGUUACCUUCCUUUAUUUUAGGUUUGUUCUCUAUUAUUUAUUUUGAUGCUCGUCUAAGAUCAAAAUUACUCAAGUUAUUCCAGAUGGUCUGUGAUUUAUUAGGUUUAAUAUAUGAUAAACACUACUGUCUUUCUAUAUUAAUCCUUUAACAAAACUGAAUAUGUAUUUUUAGGGGGAUAAGUAAAUCAUAGUUUAACUGCUAAGAUUAUUGAUCUUGAAGAAAUGAAUCCUGAUGAUGGUGACUCAUUUGUCACCGAAACGUUGAUUGUACUUGGUUGGUUGGUUAAUGGGGUUUAAAGCCUAUCGACUACAAAACGGUCAUUAAGGCUGCACGUAUCCUCUUCACCGCCAGACAAGAAUACUUUAUUCUUAAAAUAGGGAGUAACAUAAAUUCUGCAUAUAUACACACAGAAAUAUACCUCUUGGUGUAGUCUACGUACGUAUAUCCUGUGAUUGUCCUUCAAUAAACGCACUAAGAAGUU